GCGCUGCGUGCAGUCAGUCGGCCGCGCAGCUUGGUGCGCGACGUUCGUCAGCGGAGCCCUCCGCUUGCGUCCCUCCUGUCCCGGGCCGGCGUUGCCGCGAGUGCGAGAGAGAUAACAGGCUGUUGAGAGAGCGAGAGACGCGUGACAGAGACAGCGCUAUGGCAGUGUCGCAACCUCGCCCACCUGACCGUGUUGACGCCGCGCUCGAAAAAGUUGCGCCGUUGCGCUAUUUGGAGGCGCACGAAUAUGCUCGCGAGCGUAUCGUGACGCGUUAUUAUCGGCACCACUUGCUUUACAACAGUUUUUUAAGUUACAAAAGGGUAUUUCGACAGAAGAUUGAAGAAUUGACGUAAUCUCGUUCAGGAUUGAUCGGUGAUCGUGUGAUGGCUCUCUGAUCCACCAUGAUGAAGCGAACAGGCGUCCCCCGGCUGGCCCCGGAUGAGCCUGCCCCGCUGCCUCAGUCACCUGCUCAGAUGCAGCAAGCUGGUGCAAGCAAUAUGCACACUUUGGCCCAGUCGGCCCAACCCCAAAUCAUUGGUCCAGCGGCCAUGCUAUCAGUGGGCGGGUACGCGCGCGGCGCGCGGCCCGCGGCCCCGCGCCCCGUCAUCAACUACAUGAAGGCCGGCGUGCAGUACCCCAAGCAGCCGCCGCAGCCGCAACAACCGCCUUUACGGCACAAGGUUACGCCGCCGCAGCAGCCGCUGCCGCUCGGAGCCGCCGGCCCGGGCCGCCAGUCGCCGCCCGCCGCGCUGCCCGCCGCCGCGCAGCCGCCCGGCGCGCAGUUCCAGCGGCUCAAGGUCGAGGACGCUCUGUCCUACCUCGACCUCGUCAAAUACAAGUUCAACACUCAACCACAAGUCUAUAACGACUUUCUGGACAUCAUGAAGGAGUUUAAGAGUCAAACGAUUGACACUCCCGGGGUAAUCACCAGGGUCUCGAACCUGUUCAAGGGGCACCCGGAGCUUAUAGUCGGCUUCAACACUUUCCUGCCCCCGGGAUACAAGAUUGAAGUACAGAGCAAUGGACAGGUGUCAGUGUCGAUGCCGUCUCCGACCGGGCUGAACAGCGGCGGCGUGCUGCUGGGCGUGGGCAGCGUGGGCGCCGUGCCGCAGCCCGCGCACCACCCGCCCGCGCAGCUCGUGCACCUGCUGCCCGUCGCGCAGUCUGUCAGCAACGCGAUAGUGCACAACUUGUCUGUCAGCGCGGCCCCGGCGAACACGCUGCACCAUAUAUCGCAGGCGCAUCAGCAGAUUGAGGCGGCCAUACAUCAUGCUCCUGGCACGGUCGCGCCACCUGCUGGCUCAGGUCCGCACGCAGCGCCUGCGCCGCCCGGUCAGCCUGUCGAGUUCAACCACGCUAUCGAAUAUGUCAACAAGAUAAAGUCGCGGUUCUCUCGCCAACCGGACAAGUAUAAGCGGUUCCUGGAGAUCCUGCACGCGUACCAACGCGGCCAUAGGGACGUGAAGGAACCUCAGGCCAAGCAGCAGACGGAACAGGAGGUUUAUUCGCAGGUGGCGAAACUGUUUGAGAACCAGGACGACUUGCUGGCGGAGUUCGGCCAGUUUCUGCCGGACGCUAAGGCGGUGACCAAGCCACACUACCCGCCGCAUCCGCGCACGCCUCCGCUUAUGGCACCACAGCAACGUCCGGAACCGGAGCCCGAGCGCUUCCUGCCCGCGCCCGCACCCUCGCCGCCGCACGCGCAGCCGCCGCAGCAUCUGUUGCCGCAGCAGGUGGCCAAACACACGAGCACUGUUGCGAGCAGCGCUCCGCCGCAGCAGCAUCUGAAGCGCUCGCCUAGCUUCACCUCGUCUACUCAGAUGCCUGUCGGCCUCCCGCCGCCAAAGAAGCCGCGCAUAUCGUCCUUGACUGGUGGCAUGGUGCGAGACGUGUCAUACGCAGAGGCUGCCAAAUACGGAACCCAACAGGAAUACAACUUCUUUGACAGAGCCCGCCGGGCGCUCCGGUCACAGGAGGUUUAUGACAACUUCCUUAGAUGCCUGCUGCUCUUCACCAACGAGAUCAUCUCGUCCUCUGAGCUGGUGUCGGUGACGUCGCCGUUCCUGUGCCGCCACCCCGAGCUGCACAAGUGGCUGCAGGACUUCGUUGGGCCCGUCUCGCCCCCCUCCACCCCCACGCAGCCCAGCUCCGGUUACAACAACAGCUACGGCAUGUCCAGCAACAGCCUGCUGGGCUACGAUCGCGAGCGGGAGCGUGAGCGGGCAGACCGCGAGCGCUCGCUGGACAACAAGGCGUCCGUGCGCUACGAGCCCAUUGGACCGCUCGGCGCUCAGCUGCGCCAUGACAGGCCGCAGGGCGACGCUGCGCUUGAUAUAGAUCUGUCGACGUGCAAGCGUCUGGGCACGUCGUAUUGCGCGCUACCGCGCGAGGCCGCUGCGCGCCGUUGCUCGGGCCGCACGCCGCUCUGCAAGGAGGUGCUGAACGAUACUUGGGUAUCCUUCCCUACGUGGAGUGAGGACUCGACCUUCGUGACGUCACGCAAGACGCAGUAUGAAGAGUACAUCUACCGGUGCGAAGAUGAAAGAUUUGAGCUGGACGUGGUAAUAGAAACCAACGCUGCCACCAUCCGCGUCCUCGAGGGCGUGCAGAAGAAGCUGUCGCGCAUGACGGCCGACGACGCGGCCAAGUACCGCCUGGACGACUGCCUCGGCGGCCACUCCGCCACCAUCCACCAGAGGGCGCUGCGCCGCAUCUACGGCGAGAAGGUGGCGGUGGACAUCAUAGCGGGUCUGAAGAAGAACCCCGUGGUGGCCGUGCCCGUCGUGUUGCGCCGGCUCAAGGCUAAGGAAGAGGAAUGGAGAGAAGCUCAGAAGGGCUUCAACAAGCAAUGGCGCGAACAGAACGAGAAAUACUACCUGAAGUCGCUCGACCACCAGGGCAUCAACUUCAAGCAGAACGACCUCAAGGCCAUGAGGUCCAAGUCUCUCUACAACGAGGUGGAGAGUGCGUACGCCGCGCGCAAACCCGGCCCGCAUCUCGUGGUAGACUACCACUUGAAGGGCCGACAGGAAGCCAUCAAAGUGGUCCGCGACGCGGCCGAGCUCCUCAUCCACCACGCGCGCCGCCAGACCGGCAUACAGAAAGCGGAGAAACGACGCAUCAAGCAGCUGCUCAGGCACUUCCUGCCAGACUUGUUCGCGCACCCUAGACAACCGCUCUCUGAUGAUGAGAGGGACGAAGAAGAGAAAGAGGAGCCUUCGAGCCCGGCCGGGAGCCCCGCGGCCGAGGCCGCGGCUGAAGACAAGGCAGUUAAACAGGAGAAACAAGAGUCGUCAGAGUCUGACAACGCGUCGGACAAGUCGUCCCGCCACCACAAGAACGACAAGGAGAACAAACCGAAGAACAACAACCACGAGCCGCGCGCCGACAAGGAUGUCAAGGAGGAGGACGACUUCAGAGACCAUCCGCCCAACGAGGCGCGGUUCGUGUGCACGAUGUCGUGGUACAUCUUCCUGCGGCUGCACGGCGUGCUGUGCGCGCGGCUGGGCGCGCUGCGGCGCGGCGCGCUGGCGCUGGCCGAGCGCGAGGCGCAAGAGCGCGCGCUGCGCCGGCCCAGCGUCGCCGCCGCGCUGCGCCUCAAGCCCAACAAUCUCCCAGCGGACGCGUCAUCACCCGCGGAUUACUACCCCGCGUUGCUGGAGCUAGUCCGCGGCGUCCUCGACGGCAACACGGAGGCCACGGCGUACGAGGACGCCGCGCGGGAGAUGUUCGGCAUACACGCGUACCCCGCCUACACGCUCGACAAGCUCGUGUGGAACGCCGUGCGACAGCUACAACGCUGCGUGUCGGAGCCCUGGUCCCUGCGCGCGGCGGAGCUGGCGGCGCGCGGCGGCAUGCGCGGCGCGCUGUCCUACGUGAGGAGAGCGCAGCGCUUCUUACAUAAGGAACACACAGCUUUUCUUAUCAAACUGUACGGUGGCGACGAGUGCCGUGUGUCCUUCGAGUUGCUGGAGAGCGGAGGAGAAGGGCGGGCGUCUCCGAACAAUGACUCUUCGCGGUUGUCGCCUACCAAUCAGUCGCGGGCGUCCGCGCCGAACGGGUCUCCGGUGUCCCGGCUGGCGGCGUGGUCGCUGUACACGGAGCGCUACUCGCGCCCCGACCUGCGCGCGGCGUCCGCGCCCAACAAGCCCGUGUUCCUCGCGCGCAACGCCGCGCGCUGCGGGGGCUCCGGCCACAACGUGGCGCCCGGCGACUGCGGCGCCGCACACGCCGCGCGCGGCAAGAGGAAACCGCACCGGAUCGUCGACAGGAGCGAGUGCACGCUCAGCAGCGGGAUCAGACUGGUAGCGUCCCGUCCUCACCACUUGUACCGCGCGGGGGCGCUAGCGGCGGCCAAGGCCUCGCACGAGAGGCUCCACGCGGCGCGCCGGGCCAAGUUCAAGACGUGGCUCCAAGGGAACGCUUACCGAUGAUCUAACACGUUCUAGACACCCCUGCCCUACAGUAUGUACGGUUGACGACCAAAACUUACUGUACGACAAAUCUACAUGAUAUAAAUCAUGCCUUUCUGUAAAAAGAAAACUUUUUGCAAACUGUACGUUUUUACGCGUCAAAAUUUGAAUCUUUAUAACAAUUCAGUAUUAAAAUAAAAAGAUUUUCAAAAUUAAACAGUGAGUUUUAGUUGCCAAUUGACUAAAUUGAACCCUGAAUCGUAAAAAAUAUACAUACAUUUUUCAAUAUAAAUGUUAAUAAAAGCUCCUAAUAAAUGUUUACAGAUCAAUAGUUAUAAAAUAUAUCUCAGAUUUCUAUCUUUUCACGGCAAAUUCUAACUCAAAUUUCUACCGAAUGGUGUUAUUUGUUCAAAACUCAUUACUUUUAAGACAGAGUGAGAAUAUUGUUUUUGUAAAUAAUUGAUUCUUGCCUAGCAAGAGGCUAUAUAAUAAUUAAUAAGUGAGUCCUGUUUAUUCGCGAUUUUGAUCUACUUAUUGUGAUUUUAAUGUGAUAAAGCACUUUUUAAAUAAAUAAUAUUGUCCGGAUAGGCGGGACUCGAAAGUAAUACUAAGCGCUUUUGAAAUAUUUAUUUGAGUCCAUCAAUAUACUUUUUGUAUGCAGUUAUUUUUAUCCGUGUCAAAUGAAUAUUAGAUUCAGUAGCCGUCACAAAUGUACAUACAUUGUAAUAUAAAUACCAGUUCAGUCAAUUAUGUAACUUUGGCUAUUGCCUGAAUAUGCACAAGUCACUCGAACUGAACCUAACGCCUAUGUAAAUAAAUCCACAGUUAAACAUGUAGAUAUUCUACUUACAGUCCUGAAAUCCACUGAAGUUAACACUUUGACUGCUACGCCUGACGUGAAUCUGUCCGGAGGUUGUCUGACGACUUAUCGCGGUCAAAGGGUUAAAAGUAAACUUCCAGAUUAUUUCCUAGUUCAUAAUAUUACCACAAACGAUAUUCUCGCUCUACUGGUUUUAAAGUCGGUCCAAAUAGGGCACAGGGUAUACGUACAUGCGUCAAAUUAUAAUAAUUUUGGGCCGGAUUUAGCCACGCAUUUGUAAAGGGGUAAUCUCAUUUUUACUGUUUUUUUUUUCGCCGAUCCACGUUUUAGUGGUGGGGCGUAGUUUAAGAUGGCGGCGACCGGAAGUGUGACGUCGUUUCCGCUCGUCGCCGGAUCUCUAUGAAGUACAGUGUGUCGAGUGUAUAUAGAGUGACCGUUAGUGUUGUUGAUGAACCAAUCUUGUUAAUUUGUAAAGAAAAAAUGACUUGUCAAGAGAAAUAAAUAUUAUUAUAUUUAUAAUA